CUCUUUGAUAUGUGACGGGGUGUGUGUGUGUGUCAGUACCAAUGGAGGUAAGUGGAAAACAAGUAGCUGAUGAGAAUGGCAAGACUACUCUUGAACCAGCAAAUUCCAAACUGGUAUUAAAGGAAUUGUGCCUUAGGAUCUUUUUGUUCUUGUUGUCACUAACAGCUGUGGUGGUCAUGGUUACUAGCAACCAAACCAAGCUAGUCCAGACACCUUAUGGCCCCUACCCUGUCUCCAUGACAGCCAAAUUUUCUGAUUUCCCAGCUUUCAUAUACUUCGUUGUUGCGCUAUCAGUUUCCCUCUCAUAUAGUAUCAUUACUGCACUUGCAACCUUAUGGAUCCUUAAGAAGGGUUGUUCCUCCAAAAACCUCCUCAAGUUCUAUUUGGUGUCAAUAGCCAAUGACGUGGUGAUGGUUGGGGUGGUGGCGGCAGCAACCGGGGCAGCUGGUUGUGUGGGUUAUCUUGGCAUAAAUGGAAAUUCUAAAGUACGAUGGACCAAGAUAUGCAAUAUGUAUAGCAAGAACUGCAGGCAGAUUGGGUCUUCAAUUAUAAUAUCAUUGGCUGCUUGCAUCCUUCUUGUCAUGCUAGUUGUGCUCUCUGCUUACUCGGUUCACCGCUUGGCUCGCAAAGCAUUGAAUUAAGCUGCAACCGAACAUUGAUUUGAGAUCUGUAUAAUUAUGAGUGUUCUCUCAUCUUGUGUCCCGAUCAGGUCCUCGUAUGAGAAUAGUUCUCGUAAAGUUCUCUCUUUUACAAUAAAUAGUGAAUUUUAUGUGUGAAUCAGGCACCGUACUAGAAUUACGAUGACCUGAUCCAAAUUUUCUCAUUUUCCUCUUAGAGUAAUUUGUGUAUGUUCAUGUAUGACAAGUGAGGUUUUUAUUAUGCAUUCAUGAUAUACGUAGUA